AUGGAGAAAUGCCAUUUGGAAAGUGCAAAAAAUCUGGACAGCAGUGUGGACGCCAGCCUCAAUCUUCAGUCCAGACCUGAUGUGCAAACCUGUACAUAUUGGAAAGCUGCUAUCAUCUGGGAAGGGCUGUUUGACGCCCGCCUCUACGACGAGAUGCACAAGAUGAAAGGAUCCUCUGUGGCUCUAACAGUCUUUGCUGUGGGCAGAUACCUUGAUGCUUACCUACACACAUUCCUGAACUCAGCCGAGCAACACUUUAUGGUGGGUUUGCCCGUGACCUACUACGUGUUUACGGACAUGCCAGAGAAGGUGCCUAACAUCAAGUUGUCUCCUCUGAGAAGCAUGAAGGUGAUCAAAGUGGAGAAGAACUCCAGGUGGCAGGACAUCUCUAUGAUGCGAAUGAAGAGCAUAUCAGAUGUGAUAGAGUCUGAUAUUCGCCACCACUGCACGCACGUCUUCUGCUUUGAUGUGGAUCAGGUAUUUACCGGCAGAUUUGGAUCAGAGGCUCUUGGGGAUUCAGUGGCUCUGCUCCACGCCCACUACUACCACCUUCCAAAGUAUUUGUACACCUACGACCGCAACCCAAACUCCAAGGCGUACAUGAAAACUGGGGAUUUUUACUACCACGCUGCCAUCUUCGGAGGCUCGUGGAAGAAUGUGAAAGCGUUGACCGAGGCCUGCUAUCAGGGCAUCAUGGAGGACAAACGGAACAAUGUGGAAGCUCUGUGGCACGAUGAGAGCCAUCUGAACAAGUACAUGCUGCUCCACAAACCCAGCAAGGUUCUCUCUCCAGAGUACUGCUGGGAUACCAGCAUCGGUUUCAGGCGCGACAUACAAGUCACCCGAUUACUGUGGGCACCAAAAUAUUAUGACACACUUCGCACACCUUAAAAACUUGACAAAUGCUAACAAAUGUAAUGUCUCAGGUUCUCGUGCUCCCUGGCUCAUUUUGUUCUCUCAGGAAUUACUUUGCAGAUCUGCAAGUAUUUUCAUAAUGGAGUGACAACUUCUUAUAUAAAUACACGCUUUUAUUUUACCCGGAUAUCAAAUGUUUUUGUUGCAUCUGGUUACAGAUGUAUAUAAGUCAACUUUUUACAUGUUUGAUCAAACUGUCUGCACUUGUUGAUCCAGCUUAUUUAUUUGUAUGUCACUUUGCGAAAUGCCACUCUAUCUCUGUUUUUAACUGAUAGUUAUUGACACUCAAAUGUUGUCAAAUUUUUUAUACAUCUCAAUAGCAGUGGAGAGCCGUGACUUUUCUACCUAGGCCCUCUGACCCCACCCCCCUCUUCCCUCGAAAAAAAAAAGA